UGCGAAGACCCAGGCCAGACAGGCUGCUGUCCCAAUGUGGAGCUCCGGCGCCCGGGCUUUGCUUUGCGUGUGGGAGGUGCGACUGGCUGGGUUCCUGGGUAGGAGCUUGCUGAGCACCAAUGCUGCCUCGGGGAAGAGCAAGGCGCGGCAGUGCUGGAACUGCGGCCGCGCAGGGUGUGUGGAGAGUGGGGAUGGGUUCUUCUGCGAACACUGCCGCGCGUUGCAGCCUCCUGACCCGACUCGGGACUACUUCAGCCUCAUGAAUUGUCACCGAUCCUUCAAGGUUGACAUCGUGAAACUUAAGCACAGGUACCAUCAACUACAAUGUCUCAUCCAUCCAGAUUUCUUCAGCCAAAAGUCUCAGACUGAAAAACACCUCUCGGAGAAGCAUUCGGCCCUACUGAAUGAUGCCUAUAAGACUCUCCAGGCUCCCCUGAGCAGGGGGCUAUACCUUCUAAAGCUCCAAGGAGUAGAAAUCCCUGAAGAGACAGACUAUGGAACAGACAGUCAGUUCCUUGUGGAAAUAAUGGAAAUCAAUGAAAAACUCGCACACGCUCAAAGUGAGGCUGUCAUUGAGGAGAUAAAAUCCACUGUCAAAGAAUUGGCCCAGAUGUGUGUGGAGGCUGAUACAGAACCUGCAAGCGAGAUCUGGAGCGGGAAGGUGUUUUUGUACAUGUGUGCUUGCAACACAACCCUAAGGACUCGAGUUCAGUCCAGAUGACUCCCAUAAGUCGUCUCUGGCUUCACACAGGUGCUGUGGCACUCGGUCUUUCUUGCUCGCUCUCUCUCGCGCUAAGUAAAUGUCAUUUUUUUUAAAUUUUAAAGGUGGAUGUCGCCUGAAGAAUAACAUCCAAAUGACUUCCAACCUUGACACACUUGUACAGGCACAGACACUCAAACAUGCGCGUAUGCGCCUGCAAACACACGUUACAUAC